AUGUCUAGUCUCACAAAAUCCACACCACUUGUUGCCCCGGGACACACUCGUCCUGUUACGCACCUGUCCUUUUCGUCCUUACAAGACGACGGGACUUACCUGCUGAUUUCAAGUUGUAAAGAUGGAAAUCCGAUGUUGAGGGAAUGGACCGGUGACUGGGUUGGAACAUUUCUGGGACACAAAGGUGCGGUCUGGAGCACCAAAUUGUCCUUAGAUUCCUCCAGAGCAGCCUCCGCCAGCGCGGAUUUCACAGCGAAAAUCUGGGACACAUACUCUGGGCAUCCCUUACAAUCUUUCCCCCACAAUCAUAUUGUCCGCAGCGUCGCCUUGUCACCAUCAGCUUUCCAUCUUCUUACCGGAGGUCAAGAGAAGAAGGUGCGGAUUUUUGAUCUCAAUCGUCCAGAUGCGGAUCCAGAUUUUCUCUCCGAAACUGGUGGUCUGUCGCACGAGGCGACUGUCAAGAGUGUCGUUUGGGUUGGUGAACAUAUUGGUGUCUCUGCCGGGGAGGACGGGUUCAUAAAGUGGUGGGAUCUCAGGACAAGAGCAUUAGCGACAAGCAUCACCUUCCCAAACCCCAUCACAUCGAUGGAGCUUUCGCGACAAACUGGGAGGCUUGUCGUGACUUCUGGAAAAACCGUCGCAUUUAUACACGCUUCGCCAUCAAAUAACGCAGCACCCUCACAUACCCUAACACUUCCCUACUCUCCAUCUUCUGCUUCGAUUCACCCUAUUCUCCAAGAUCGGUUUGUCACUGGAAAUUCAGGCGACGAAUGGGUGCGAGUACAUGCAAUGGAUGGUGAAGAAAGAGAGGUGCUCAAAGGCCAUCACGGUCCAGUGCAUUGUGUUGAAUUCAGUCCGGACGGCGAAAUGUAUGCCAGCGGGAGUGGCACUAUUCGUUUGUGGCAGACAACGCCCGGCAAAUCCUACGGUCUCUGGCAGGGUCAGAAUGGUGGUUAG